AUGAACAUCGAGAACCAUACGAAAGUCUACCUCAAAGAUGGCGUCGUCGUCGACGCUAGCAGGGAGGCUGCCAAGGCGUAUCGCAACGAGAUGAACUUGCGAAUGGCAGGUAACAAGUACUUCUCCCAGAUUCUCCUCCAGAGAGGAGAAAUUCAGAGGGAUCAGCGUCUCCUGAGGGUUGGCCGACUGCUGGACCAGCUCAAUGAACAGGAGAAAGCGCUUUUAGACUUGACCGACGAACUUUUCGACGUCUGCGACAGAGAGAAGCUGCGAUUCCCUGCCGGUGCUCCUAAUCCUGAGGAACAGGAGCCUCGGAAAUACAUCGACGGAAAACCUGUCCCAGUGUUGGAGCAGAACUACUACAGCGGCGAGCUCGAACCGAUCAAUUGGAGGUACGACCCAGACAUUCGAAUGCCAAGUCAAUAUUGCAAGUUUCUGCGGUUCAACGGCCCAUACUUUUCCCCCACCAAGCCUCACCCACGGGAGCUGAACACUUUUUACCUGCCUGAGUCUCUGAUCAACAUCAUUCGCUAUUACACGAGAAAAUACGACCACGCCGAGAGCAACCUCAGGGCCAGGGGUCUCAUUCCUACCCGAACCGAGGAAGAGGAGGCGGAGAAUCAGUUCCAGCAGAAGGUUUUGCUCGGAAUGCGAUUGGCAGCUUCGACUGGAGAGGACUACGACAUGUUCUCAAUUGUGAACCAAUUGGAUCACUCCGAGACGGUCGAGAACGCAACUGAGCCGUAUGUGUGGGUGAAGCCAGGAACUACAGAGAGACAAGUCAAUUUUGGAAGUGGAACGGGAAAGUUCAAGCCGGAGGAUUUCAACCGCGCAAUGAAGGUUGAGGCGACCGGUGUGCAGCACCACGUUCCCACAGUGGACCAUGGCAAAUGGGUGGAGAUGGACAGGAAGAUCGAGCAUAUGGAAGCACCUUGA